UGCUGGAAGACGUACUUGGGGCGGGCGGAGACGGACAAGUGUCGGAUUGCCGCGAUGACGGACCUUGGGAACGGUUUAUCCGAUGCAGGCCACCAUGAGGACGCGUUGUCUGUGAGAGAGUCACAUUUGGCUUCGCUGCGGCGCAUUGUAGAGAGUACUGGCGGACGAGAAGAAAGCAUAUUCAUCAUGCAGAGCAAUCUUGCGAACUCGUAUACAAGCCUCGGACGCCAUGAGCAGGCCCUGCAGUUAAAGCGAGACGCAUACUCUGGCAUUUUGAAGGUCUAUGGCGAAGAAAAUCAAAACACCCUCCGAGAAGCCAACAACUACGCGCUGUCCCUGCGCGCUCUAAGGCGCUUCGAAGAAGCCAAGUCAUUGAUGCGCAAAAUGAUACCUGUGGCUCGACGCGUUCUUGGACAUAAUAGUACUCUCACGUUCGCGAUGAGGACGAAUUACGCGCGGGCGCUCUUCGGAGACGACGCCGCCACGCUCGACGAUCUCCGCGAGGCCGCGACGACGCUCGAGGAUUUGGAACAGGCCGCUCGGCGCCUGUUCGGUGGCGCACACCCGCUCACAAAGGAAAUUACGCUUUGCGAUACGCGCGAGCCGUGCUCCGCGCCCGCGAAACGCAGCCUUCGGGGGAUAGCCUAG